UUUUUAAAUUGUCUUGACAAACAUUUGUUUUAUUUUUUAUUUCAAUAAAGGAAUUUUGAAAUUAUUCAGUAUCCUUUGACGAGUUACGCGGAAUCCAUUGCUGCGACAUGGCUUCCUGUGAGAAUUGUGGUCAGGAGGAACCAAUGCCACCAGCUGAGGGCCAGGAAUUGUUGAGGGAACAAAGAGAGGCGCCCAAGGAAGGACAGUUUGCGAUGUCCAUUGGUCCCCAGGCUGAUGAAUUCAACAAUCCACCCUGUUAUCUACCGCAAGCCGAGGAUGCCAUGCCCAUUAAAGAUAACCUACAAUCCAUGGGACCAAUAGGCCCAUGGGCAACGGGUAAGGUUGAUUGGAGUCCAAUGGCAGGGUUGACUGGAACUCGGCCAGUGGUCGAUCGUUACUCCAUUACAAGGUUCAGUCCAAAUGAGUGGAGGGCCAAAAAUUUGGAAACCGUGAAGAACACGAAUAAAAUUUUUGAUCGGACAAUGAAAAAUCAAUACAGCUGUAAAACUUCACUGGAUCGCAUAACCUCGCUGGUGGAGAAGACCCAGACGGAAACAACGGAAAUGGUGCGCCAACGAGCCCGUCUAAUUGACAAAUGGAAAACCACAUUGGGCACUGCCAUCAAGGCAAUGGCCGAUGAAAUUAGUACCCUGGAGGAGGAAAGGGUACGUUUGAAAAAAUCUCUGGUUAUUUUGGGUUUACCCGAAUCCAUUGCCAAGGAAUGCAUUGAUAAGCGAUGUGGCCGUCCUGAUACUGAAUUGGUGCGUGACACUCCCGAAGAGGAGUUGGUAAAGGAGGUGGCAUUGAUUGCCGAAAUACGUAGACUUCUACAGAAGACACUGGAAGAUUUCGAACAACAACAGGUGGAGAAUCGCACGGCCCGUCAGCGUUUGGAAUACGAUUGGAGUGACAAGAAGGAGGCCUAUGAAAUUGAUUCGGUUAAUGCCCAUUUACAUAAUAAGUCGUUGACGAUUAUGUUUCGGCCCGGAGCCAUAAGGCAACCACCGGAACAAGCCUCUGAACAGUAUUGGGAACACUUCAGCAAAGAAACCUUGGAGGAAUGUGAAAAAUGUCGCCAGAAAUCCGUAAAACUGAGACAAACUCUAAAUGCCACUCUGCUCAAUGCGGCUCGUGACCUCAGAACCCAGGCCGAUGUGGUGGAAAAGGCAUUUGUAUCCAGGAUCAAUUGCACCCAGGAGAAUUUGAGACGCUUCGAAAUUGAUCUCAGAGAUUGCCUUCAGAAACUUGCCGAAACAGAGACGCGCAUCGAAAACUUGCAUCGGGCAGUACGUAGCUUCGAUGCCGCCAUGAAGGUGGCUCAAACACGCAUGGAUAAUCGUAGUUUCCGUCCCAAUGUUGAAAAUUGUCGCGAUGCUGCCCAGCAACAUUUAAUCGAUGAAGUUGCCACCAUACAGAGUGGAGUCACCGCUAUGCUCCAAGAACUGGACGAAGCGGAACAGGUCAAAACUAAGCUAAUGCAAACUCGCAGCACAUUGGAGCGGGAAAUUAUGUUGAAAAGACGUACCCUCUGGAUAGAUCAGGAACGUUGUAUGCUGCUGAGAUCACAUUAUCCAUCAGCAAAUGCCCUAAGUGGUUAUGCUAGUAUUUAGAGGAUAUCGGCAGAAUGGAUUUUCAGAUUUAAUAAAAAACAUAUAUUUUA